UUUUGUGUUCGCUUCCCAGUUUUCGUAAGAGUUUUAUAGAAUAACUAAAACGAAAACAACAGUAAUUAAAUAAUUUAAAUUAUUUUGCAAAUUACUGUUUUGUGACGUGACAAGGUAAUUAUUGUGCAGUUCUAAUUGUUUUACAAAUUCACAAUCGGAAUAUUGUGGUAAUAUGGAGGAGCUAGAAAUGGAGGAACAAACUCUGUAUGUCAAACCGGAACCGGAAGAUCCUGUCGAGUAUCCCCUGCCGGAAAUGGAAGUGGUAGCCAAUGCGCUGGAUAGUGACCUUCCAACCGAUACCGAGCGGCUAAACCAAUAUUGUCGACUGUGCUUGCGUGAAUGGCCCACUCUGUUUCCACUGAUGUCCCGUGUGCAGAACGUUACGGUUCCGGAAAUGAUCCAAGCGGUCACUGCUAUCUGCGUGAACCUGCGAGACGACCUACCGAAGAAGGUGUGCAUGCAGUGUUUGGUACGUCUGGACUAUGCUUACAAUAUUCGGAAGGAAUUUGCCGAAAGUCAUCGGGUGCUGCAAAACUUGGCCAGGUCCAGGACGAGCAAGUUGUGGGAAUGUUUGAAUGAUUACCAGAGAGGGACUUUGGCGAAUACCGAGACGAGGUCUGUGGAACUGUUGCGACAACAUAAGGAUAUUAUAAGCAAGCGAAUGACCCGGAAGGAGGAACUAAUAAAGGUUGGAUCAGAUAAAAACACGGAGGAUGUUUUAGAGUUGAGUGUAGAUACAGAGGAUGAUCAAGUGACCGUAGAAGUGGAACUUGAAGGAACCGAAACUGUGGAACGAAUGAAAGAAGAAGAAGAAGAAGCCAUAUCGGAUGAGAUGGAAACUUCCGACGUUUGGGAAGUAGAAUCAAAUGAAGAUGAAGUACCUGCAAAGAAGAAAAAGAAGAACAUGAACUAUUCAGGCCAAUCAAGGCUUACAAAAAUUCUCAAAUUUGAAGUACUAAUCGACGAGUCUGAUGUCGACCUAAACAAAUGUUACAUUUGUCAGGAAGUGUUUUCCGACGUUACAAAUCUGGAAUUGCAUUUGCCUAAACACAAGGACAUAGUUCCGUACAGUUGCGACAAAUGUAAAGGCACUUGCAUGGAAACGGCACCCAUUUCUACGGUCAUUAUGGCCAAUCGUCAUUUCCGGAUGCACGCCGGUUCCAUGCAGUGUCCGGAAUGUCCAUACCGGUGCUACAAGGGAAACGGCAUGUACAACCAUCUGAAGCGAUAUCACCAGUACGAUCCCAAGGAAGGAUGCACGUGCGAAACGUGUGGUCACAGAACGAAAAACAGGAAAGCACUGGACAAUCACAUGCGCAUGCACAAGCACCUGGACGAAGGCAGAUUCACGUGUUCGUUCUGUGCGAAGAAAUUUGGUACUAAUGCGCGGCUGCAACGUCACGAACGGAUCCACACCAACGACAGGCCUUACGGAUGCCGGUAUUGUAGUAAGAGUUUCACCAACGAGACCACCUUUCGGGCCCACGAACGAUCGCACACCGGCGAGAAAGGCUACCGCUGCGAGCUGUGUGGCAAGGGCAAUCCUACCAAGACAGCAUUAAACUCGCACCUAGCGGGGUCUCACCGGUUGGAAUUGGAGAAAACGGGCCAUCAGGGCUCAUCAAGCAAAGAUAAAUAUACGAAAAUGGAAAUGUCUAUAAAAUGCACCCAUGAAGGCUGCACAUUCGAGGCAACGAAUCGUUCGCAAUAUUACCAGCACAAAGCAUUGCAUACCUUAAAAUUUCAGUGCCCUCACUGUGAGCUGCGCUUUCCGACCAAGCAACGGUUGAAUAUGCACGAGUUUGUUCACACGAAUGCGAAGCAGUUUUGCUGCGAUCUUUGUGGCAAGAGCUUUCGUUAUCGGACUAGCUUCGCUGAGCACAUGGCCAACCAUAACGGUGUCCGAACGUAUGCCUGUGAAAUUUGCAAUUUAUCUUUCGUCCGUGAGCGUAAUCUAAAGGAGCAUAUGAAUAAACAUUCAGAUGUUCUGAGCUACGAGUGUCGAUACUGUGGCAAGAAGUUCAGAUAUCGGGCAGAUAUGUCGAAGCACCUGAAAACUCAUUCCAGUUCUAAAACCUUAACCAAGGAAGAAAUUGAUUUGGAUUGCUCGGACAGAUUGGAUGAAAACACUGAAGAAUACGACGAGGAAAAUCUUAUGGUGGAGUACCUAGAUGAAUAAGGUAAGCUAUAGUUAGUUUUACUCGAAGUUUACUGAUAAACGAUUUAAACUUA